GGACGGGACGCUUCCUCAACAACAUCUCGUCAGCCACCUCGGCAGCUUCCGAGCGGAAACGUUCAAGCUGUUCAGACUGCUUCGGUCUAUAUUUACUUCUGUAUUUGGAACAUAAUUCUGUCUUUUAACUAGUUUCCCCAUUUCAUGUCAUAUUUCUGUUUAGUCAGGUAACGGUAGCUGGCUUGAUAAAUGAGCCUAUCACUAGGCUAGUCGCUAACUAGCUAGGUUAGCUGGCUAACAUCCCCGACCAUGAGCUCAGCAAGCUGCUGCCCUCCUGCUAAAAAAGAGGUCUGCUGGAAGGAGAAAGAAGGUAUUUGGCUGAACGUUGUCGUGAAAGAGGAGAAUGAAGAGGAGGAUGUCACAGUAAACGAAGAAGUAGAGGGUGAGGCUGUUAUACAGAAAGAGGAGAAUGAAGAGGAGGAUGUCACAGUAAACGAAGAAGUAGAGGGUGAAGCUGUUACACAGAAAGAAGAGGAAGAAAACGAUUAUACUUUUUUUGGAGUGAAUGAAGGAGAGAUAACUGUCAUAUUGAAGGAGGAGGAGAGGGAAGAUCUGAGUAACACCAGAAAGAGACCAGACUCUCCUUCUGACAGCAGGAAGAGUCCUUCAGGGAAACCAGACCCCGAGACGUCCAAACCAGCAGGACGACAUCACUGCUCCCAGUGUGGAAAGAGUUUUACUCAGUUAGGGAGCCUGAGAACACAUAAGAGAAUACACACUGGAGAGAAGCCUUACCACUGUUCCCAAUGUGGAAUGUCGUUUACCCAGUUAGGGAGCCUGCAAACGCAUGAGAGGGGCCACACAGGGGAAAAGCUUUUCCAAUGUUCCCAUUGUGGAAAGAGGUUUGGCCAGGUAGGAAACCUGAACAAGCAUGAGAGGACACACACAGGUAAGAAGAUGUACCGCUGCUCCCAGUGUGGAGAGAGAUUUACCCGGUUAAGGUACCUGAAAGAUCAUGAAAGAAUACAUACAAAUACACAGGAGGAGAAGACAUACCACUGCUCUCAUUGUGGAAAGACAUUUUCCCAGUCAGAGAACCUGAAAACACAUGAGAGAAUCGAGAGGCUGUGUUCUGACUUGUGUUUCUGACUGAGAAUGUGUGUGUUUGUUUGGGCUGUCAGACUUGAGUUCACUUUGUGUAAUGUUAGUGCACUAUUUUUAAUUGUGAUUAAUCCAUUGACUGAAAGGGUUAAAAACACACUGAAAACAUCCCAAAUACAUCCUAUAUACAGCUAAAAUCUACAAUGUCAUGUAAACACAAGAUGACAUUGAGGUUAAAUAAAGUGUGAUUUAUCAAUGGAACAUAUUUUGACACGUCCACUGUGUGUCUCUGUAGAGUCAUAAUAUCCAUAACAACUAGAGGUCAAACAGGGAGAUGGUUCCAUUCAUUUUCCCCACAGGGCUGUUGUGUUUAGACUCACCCUGGUGUGAUGUUUUGAUAACCAUGUAAACCUCUCUGGGACAAGGUGACUGAGGACACAGUGUGUUGUCAAUUUAUUGUCAUGUUUUUAAAAUGGUAUAACUGCCUUUAUUUUAGCUGGACCCCAGGAAGAGUAGCUGCUGCCUUGGCAGGAACUAAUGGGGAUCCAUAUUGAACCCCCAGGAAGAGUAGCUGCUGCCUUGGCAGGAACUAAUGGGGAUCCAUAAUAAACCCCAGGAAGAGUAGCUGCUGCCUUGGCAGGAACUAAUGGGGAUCCAUAUUGAACCCCCAGGAAGAGUAGCUGCUGCCUUGGCAGGAACUAAUGGGGAUCCAUAUUGAACCCCCAGGAAGAGUAGCUGCUGCCUUGGCAGGAACUAAUGGGGAUCCAUAUUAAACCCCAGGAAGAGUAGCUGCUGCCUUGGCAGGAACUAAUGGGGAUCCAUAAUAAACCCCAGGAAGAGUAGCUGCUGCCUUGGCAGGAACUGCACUGUCGGAGCUCGAAACACAAGGAUUUUGCUACACCUGCAAUACCAUUUGCUAAACACAUGUAUGUGACCAAUAAAAUGUGAUUUGAUUCUGAUUUGAAAUAAACGUCCUAUUUAUCAAAGGUGCUUUUGGAUGGAGUCAAAAUGACUCCAAAGGACAUGAAUUUGUUUAAAGUCCUUAUUGAUACAGAAACACUAAACCAGGAUUUAGAUGUAUUGAGAACAAGUUGAUUGACAAAGUCAUGAAACAUUGGAUGAAUUGAACAAACCACAUUUUGGCUGUGAUAAAAGAUAUGCCUCUGGGGUCAUAAUGAUCCAUGUCAGAACUAUGGUUCAAUGUAAAUAUGUAGUGGGUCUAGAGUUUGUUUUAAAUUGUCACUCAUUAAAAACGAAUCAAUCAACA